AUGGAAGCCCUCCAGUCCACUCUCCAGCCCCUAACCCGCGCCCUCCCCCAACCCAUUGCGGACAUAGGCGUCUCCCUCCUCGGCCCAACCUGCUACCAAACCCUCAUCUACAAUGUCGACUUGACUGCCACCGAAUGCGUCAAACUCGCCAUCUCCAAGGGCCUCGGCAUCGGCAUCAUUGGCGCCUCCUCCAUAGUCAAGAUCCCGCAGCUCCUCAAACUGCUCAACUCGCAGUCCGCCGAAGGCCUCUCUUUUCUCUCAUACUUACUGGAGUCUAGCUCGUACCUUAUUUCACUCGCGUAUAAUGUGCGGCAUGGGUUCCCGUUUAGUACGUUUGGGGAGACGGCGUUGAUUCUGGUGCAGAAUAUCGCGAUUGCGAGUUUGGUGCUCAAGUAUAGUGGCAAGGGGCUGGGGAUUGCGGCAUGGGUGGGCGGGCUGAUGGCGGCGGGGGCAGCGCUGUUUAAUGAGGAUCUUGUGGGCGAGGAGAGGCUGGCCAUAUUGCAGGCGAGUGCGGGUGUGCUCGGGGUUGCGAGUAAGGUGCCGCAGAUUUUGACGGUUUGGAGUGAGGGUGGUACGGGACAGUUGAGUGCUUUCGCUGUUAUCAACUACCUCCUCGGCUCCCUCUCUCGCAUCUUCACCACUAUCCAGGAAGUCGACGAUCCGCUUAUCCUCUACGGCUUCAUUGCUGGCUUCUGUCUUAAUGUUAUCCUCUUCCUCCAGGUCAUGUACUACUGGAAUGCGCCUGCAUCCAAGAAGACACAGUCCAAGAAACUCGAGAAGCCCAUUGUAGCCGGGGGCAAGAAGGAGGCAACGCGCUCCGUGUCCACCGGUCGCGCGGCUGGCAAGAGCCCAAGCACGAGACGCAGGGGAUAA